AUGGUACCCACCAUACCUAAAUCCGCAUUAAUAUUAGGACCGCUUUUACGCACUACCUCAGCAAAAGUGAUACCCACCAUACCUAAAUCCGCAAGAAAGAGAUAUAAUCAACACACUUGGUAUGAGGAGGAUAUCGAGCAGAAUUUGAGAUGGUGCUAUGCUCUUAAUGGAAUUCUGCAUUCUAGAGAGAGUCAGUAUCAAGACAUUGCGUUGCUGGACACAGAACCUUUUGGAAAGGCUUUGGUGAUUGAUGGAAAGCUACAGAGCACGGAGCUAGAUAAGUUCAUCUACCAUGAAUGUCUUGUCCAUCCAGCACUACUCCAUCACACUAAGCCUGAAACAGUCUUUAUAAUGGGAGGAGGAGAGGGUUCUACGGCAAGAGAAAUUCUUAGGCACCAGACAGUGGAGAGGAUUGUUAUGUGUGUUAUAGAUGAGGAGGUAGUAGAUUUCUGCAGAUCGCAUUUGGUUGUCAACAGAGAGGCCUUCUUUAAUUCAAGACUUAAGCUUGUCAUUAAUGAUGCCCGAGCUGAGCUUCUUAAGAGGGAAGAAAAGUUUGAUGUUAUCAUAGGGGACUUGGCAGAUCCCAUUGAAGAUGGCCGUUGCUAUCAGCUUUAUACCAAAUCCUUCUAUGAAUUAAUCCUGAAACCCAGACUUAAAGAAGGCGGUAUUUUUGUCACACAGGCUGGACCAGCGGGAGUGUUUAGUCAUACAGAGGUCUUUUCCUGCAUCUACAACACACUAAGGCAUGCUUUCAAAUAUGUUGUGCCUUAUUCAGCUCACAUCCCUUCAUAUGCUAAUACAUGGGGUUGGAUCAUGGCAUCCGAUUCACCAUUCACCUUGGACUCGGAUGAACUUGAUUCCAGGAUAAAGCAAAGGAUCAAUGGUGAGAAUAGAUAUCUAGAUGGGAAGACCUUUGCGUCCGCCUCUCUUCUCAGCAAAGCUGUCAGAAAAUCGCUGGACAAGGAAACACAAGGCACUGCGAAGUUCAUCUAUGGGCAUGGGAGUUGCCACAAGAUACAUUGAGGGUUGCGGUGGGAGAUGAAUCAGCAGUGGAAGCCAUGAAUUAGGGGUGAAUCUAAUGAGCAUAAUCUGUCAUCAAUGUGGCCAGAAGUAUUGGCCAAAAAUGUUCAACUUAUCUAACUUACUGAUAGUAUUAGAACUCAGUA